AUGGGUCAGGACAUCGAGGAAUGGAAGCAAGAGUUCCAGGCAUUGAUUCAGGAGGUAAAACCAGGACACAGAUGGACCCUGACAGUGGACAAAUGCCUUCUUCCCAACAACCUGAAGCCCAGGUGGAUGCAAUACCAGCAGCACACCUUCGCCAGGUUCCAGUGUUCCGUGUGCUCGCGAAGUUGGGCCUCUGCCCGCGUGCAGGUCCUUUUCCACUUGCGCUGGAAUGAGGAGGCCUCCCGGGGUGAGGUGAAGAUGAGGGUCUUUGCACAGAAGUGUCAGAAAUGUUCCCAGGCUCCCUUUGAGGCCCCACAGAUCAUGAAAGAGAACAUCUCGCGCAUCCUGAACAACCUGGUCUUGCACAUUUUGAAGAAAUGCUACAAAGAAGGAUUUAAGUUGGUGGAGAUUCCUGUGAUCAUCAAGGAGGUCUCUCAUGAAGGACCACAUGACAGUCACAACUGCGAGGCAUGUCUGCAGGGCCUCUGUGCUGAGAGUAGGUCAGGUCCGGUCGUACAGUCCCCAGCAUUUCCAGCGCUUCCCCCAAUAAGCUCACAGCCUGGGGGGGUCACCCCUCAAAAGCCUUUUCCCAUAAAGAGUAGCCCCAUGGUGGAAACAAUAAAGACCAAAAAGGAGGUGCUCAAGCAUAGCCCCAUGGUGGAAACAGAAAAGAGGGUACCCAAGCCUUCUCCCAUCAGGAGUAGCUCCUUGGUGGAAACAGAAAAGAGGGUGCCCAAGCCUUCUCCCAUCAGGAGUAGCACCUUGGUGGAAACAGAAAAGAGGGUGCCCAAGCCUUCUCCCAUCAGAAGUAGCUCCUUAGUGGAAACAGAAAAGAAAGAAAAGAGGUUGCCCAGGCCCCGGCCUUCUGGGCCCAGUCAGUCUGUGAGAUUCCCCACUUACUGGAGCCCAGGAGUACACACCAGCCACCACGUGGUACCCCCCUCGUGGGAGUUGCCCCCUCCCCACAUGACCCGGAAUUCCACACGCAGGAGGCUGCACCUGUGCUGCUGUGUCCUCCUCAUCGUCAUCAUCACCAUCACGGUCACCGUCUUACUAAACACUCUCUGA